AUGGUCAAGACAUUCGCACCGUUCGCGACGUCAGCCGCCAUCCUAAUUGCUGCCGCAACCGCUACGGCCGUGCCUGAUGGAUCUUGGCCAGCCAGCACCGGCACUGUCCAGUACUCGGAGGCCUACAUUAUCAAGGCCGGCGAGGUGUUCGACGGCAAGAUGCAGACGUUCGAGCGCUCCGACGUCUCGUGCGAGGGUCAAACCGAGAGUGGAGCCGACACCGCCGUGUUCAAGAUGGAGCCCGGUGCCACACUCAAGAACGCCAUCAUCGGCAAGAACCAAAUGGAGGGCGUCCACUGCGACAAGCACGACUGCACCAUUGAGAAUGUCUGGUGGGACGACGUGUGCGAGGACGCCCUCAGUAUCAAGGGUGGCACCGCUUCCAGCGUGUCCACCGUGACUAACUGCGGUGCCCGCUACGCCGACGACAAGGUCAUCCAACACAACGGAUACGGCACUGUCAAGAUCGACAGCUUCUACGGUGAGGACAUCAGUAAGCUCUACCGUUCGUGCGGCACGUGUGGUGACAGACCUAAGAAGGUGUCGGUGACCAACUCGUACAUUGUGAACCCGACCAACUCCAUCGUGACGGUGAACAAGAACUGGGGCGACCAGGCCACGCUGAAGAACAUUUGGAUUAAAUCGAGCAAGGCGAGCGUGAAGGUGUGUCAGUGGUCUCAGGGCAACGCCAACGGCGAGCCGAAGAUGCUGGGCAAUGGCCCGUCACCGCCUCUGUGUCAGUACUCGGAGAGUGACGUGCACAUCAACGAGGACAUUUCUAAUGCGAAGCAAACUUCGCCGUCCUCCACUUCUUCUUCGUCGGGCGACGUGACUCAGACGGAUGCAUCGGCCUCCACCGCCUCGUCGGGCGACGUGACCCAGACGGAUGCAUCGACUUCCACCGCUUCAUCGGGCGACGUGACCCAGACGGCAUCUUCGGAGUCGACCGAGUCGACCGAGUCGCCGGUGGCCUCUUCGGCUUCGACUGCGUCGUCGUCGUCGCAGAACCCUACUCAAACUACUUCGUCAUCGAUGACCAGUUCGGCUUCGGCUUCGUACCAGGCCUCUUCGAACUCGUCGACGGACGCUUCGGAGGCCGAAGCCCCCGGUACGGUUGCGCCGGUGGAGAGCGGCAGCUUCGAGCAGUCGGUUAUCAGCAGUGAUGCCAGCCAGACGCAGCAGCAGGAAUCCACUGAGGAGCCCACUGCUACGCCUUCCGUCUCGAGCUCCAGCUCUGGUUCUCAAUACUCACCGUCGGACGAUGUCUCGCAGACUGCUGUACAGCAGUCGAGUGUCGCAUCCAGUGGUGCCUCUGAUCUCCCAUACAACAACGUGGUGCUCGACUGUGGUUCUUCCUCUGGCAAGAACCCGGAGCAGAGCGGCUCGGCUUCGCAGCCGACCAGCGUGGCUUCCAGCAGCGCCUCCGACCUUCCCUACAACAACGUGGUUCUCGACUGCGGCUCUUCCUCUGGCAAGAACCCGGAGCAGAGCGGCUCGGCUUCGCAGCCGACCAGCGUGGCUUCCAGCAGCGCCUCCGACCUUCCCUACAACAACGUGGUUCUCGACUGCGGUUCUUCCUCUGGCAAGAACCCGGAGCAGAGCGGCUCGGCUUCGCAGCCGACCAGCGUGGCUUCCAGCAGCGCCUCCGACCUUCCCUACAACAACGUGGUUCUCGACUGUGGAUCUUCGAUCGGCAAUAACACCGAACAGAGCGGUGUGACUUCGCAGGAGUCUAGCUCAAGCAAUGCCAACGACGUGACCCAGACGGAUGUGGCUUCUAGCAACGUCGACGAUGUGACCCAGACCGACGUGGCUUCUGAAGUGCUUACCCUGUAGUCAACUUCAGCUUCUGCUUCCGCUGGUAGCGGCACCGCCGUUAACGAAGCGUGACUUCGUUGAUAUCGUGUACAUGGAGGUUGACGCAGGUUGGCCCAAGUAUUAGUGUUGUGGCGUUUGCAAAGGGAUAGAUAGACCUAAUAGAUGUUGUACUUCAGC